GUUACCGAGUGGAUAUCUAGGCAGUGUCCAGCUGGACUCGGUGGUGGAAGGGGUGCCUGUGACUCUCGGCGCGAUGGGAUGUUCGUAUGGGGAUAACGCUUCUUUUUUGUACGUGUUUCUCAGUUCCUUCGGUGGAAAUGCGCGGUGAAAUCGGAGAGACUUUGAUGGCGCGGCGUUUUUUAUUCGAAGGGAGAAGAGUAUGGAAAACCUUUGCUUAGAUUUUGUAAAGCGAUAUGCAUAUGAAGAACUGGGAAAAACAAAAAACAGAAACAAAAAAAGGCAAGGGCCAUUUUUUUUUCCCGAAUCUCUUUUCUCAAAUCAACCUUCACUUCGGAUAAAGGAAAGAGACAAUGAAGAGAACGAACAACAAUAGCAGGAAAAUUAACAAUACUAGGAAAUAAAACAGAAAUCAGCCACAAUGCGGUGCUGGGAGGUAGUGGUUAUGGUGACGGUAUUGUGCCCGAGUGUGUGGUGUCUCCCCGGCGAUGGUGACGCUGACGGAGGGUCCAGUGGCUUCGAGGAGACUCCUUUAACAAAAGUACGGGCGGUGGAAGGAGGGCGUGUCCUACUGCCAUGCGACUUGGACCCGCCUACCCCAGGCGACACGACACUCCUCGUCCUCUUCUUUCGAUAUGACUCCGUCUUCCCUAUAUACAGCCUCGACGCCCGGGGCAUGAGCCUCCUGCAGGGGAAGCAGCAGGCGUCGGAGCCCUUCCAGCAGCGCUCCUACCUCAAGGUCAGCCGAGGUCAGCAGGGGCUGCUCCUCGAGAGGGUUCACCCGGAGGACGAGGGCGAAUACAGGUGCCGGGUCGACUUCCUCGGGUCGCCGACGAGAAACGCGAUGCUGAUGCUCGAUGUGAUGGGUGGGUGGGCGUGGGACGAUGAGGUCAUACGGGCUGCCCUAACGAGGUGGGCUGAAGUGACCCUCUCAUGUCAGGUCAGAGGAGGUGACCCCCGACCUAAGGUGACCUGGUGGCACGAGUGGUCUCUCCUGGACAACACGAGCGAGGUCAACACAACCCAUGUCGUAAAAAAUAUCUUGACCCUCCCCCCGCUGACGAGAGCUGACCUUAACAAGACGCUAACAUGCCAGGCCACCAACUCCGACCUCAUUAUACCAAUGUCAGCCACUGUCAGGGUUGACAUGCACUAUCCCCCGAGGUCUGUGAAGCUUCUCGAAGAAUCCACGGAAGAAGUGACCUUAUCUGAAGGAAGGUCACGACCCAUCGUGUGCGAGGCCGAGGGGUCACGACCUCCUGCUGACCUGUCGUGGUUCUCGGAUGGUCACCCGAUCCCCAGGCAGCUCUUGGAUAUCGAGGAAGAGGUCGAGGGCGAAGUGAGCCGCUCCAUCUUACACUUCAGUCCGAGUGCGAGCGACGACGGAGCGAUCCUCAGCUGUCGAGGAUUUAGUCCAGGUUUACCAGAGUUCGUCCUCGAAGACUCGGUCCAGCUCUACGUUUUCUAUAAGCCUCGAGUCGAGAUCGACCUCGAGCACGACUCAGAAGACUUGGAAGAAGGCGAUGACGUCACGCUCGAGUGUUUGCUGAACGCCAAUCCUCCAGCCACGAGCGUCGAGUGGGAGCGCAAUGGCAUCCCCUUAAAGAGCAACGCCUCCCUGGGAGUGACGGUGAGCAGGACGACCCUGCACCUGACGAACAUCACCAGAGCUUCGUCAGGAGUCUACACCUGCGCUGCUACGAACGACGAAGGGUCCACGACCUCCAGUCCCCUUCAGGUGGAUGUGAAGUUCCUGCCGACGUGCUCCGAGGACCAACACACCUCCUACGGCGUCGGGACAAUGGAGGAGAUCCUGGUAUCCUGCCACGUCGACGCGUAUCCUAUACCGACAGAUUUUAGAUGGGCCAUGAACACGAGCUCCGGCGUCGUGGACGUGCCCCUCAGCCUCUCCAGCAGCAGCGGCAGGAGCAGCGUCGUCAGGUACACGCCCCGCACGCAGAAGGACUUCGGGGAACUCCUGUGCUGGGCGGCGAACGAGGUCGGGCGCCAGAGGAAGGCCUGCGCCUAUCGAGUGGAGCCGGCAGCCAAACCCGAGGCGGUGUCCUCGUGCGCGGCCGAAAGGAACGCCACGAUGCCCGCCUCCUACGUCGUCCUCUCCUGCGUGCCGGGCUGGGACGGCGGCCUCAACCAGUCCUUCGUCCUCGAGGUGCGUCAGGAGGCCAAGGAGGAGCUGCUCGAGGAUUUCCGAGACGCGCCCGAGCCCCAGUUCUUCGUCAGGGGCCUCCUGAAGGACGUGCAUUACCUCCUGACGGUGCGCGCCGAGAACGCCCGCGGCCUGAGUCCGCCCAUCACCAUCAGCUACUGCGUCCAGAGCGAGUCCCGGGCCACCACCCUCUUGGUCUCCCACGCCCGCAACACCCUCCUGGUCCUCAUGCCCUUUCGUGGUGCUUCUGAUGGGCGUGCUGCUCGUGCUGACGGUGUAUGUGGGCGUGGGCGUGCUGCGGGCGUCCAAGGAGAGGCGGAGAAGGUGUAAGAAGGAAGGGCUUUACUACACGACGACGGUGAGGACGCCCCCGGAGUGUCACGACGCCCACGCCAUCGUUUGCGGGAAUAAUGACUACGAUAAAGAAGAGCUGAUGAAACUGCCCGUGGAGAGCAUCACGCCCAAAGCCGCCCACGAGUGCCAGGAUUACUUGCUUAAUAAC